CUGCUACCUUGUCACCGUUAGCUCUGUCUCCUCUCCUUUAUACCGCACACAAAAUCUUCUCUAGAGCUAUUUGGAACAAAAUGGCUGCCUCUUCCGUUCUUGGUUUCCCCCGUAUCGGACCUCAGCGUGAGGUCAAGAAGGCCCUCGAGGCCUACUGGUCUGACAAGAUCCAGGCUGAUGAGCUUCUCAAGGUUGCCAAGCAGCAGAGGCUGCACACCUACGAGAUCAUCAAGAGCCAGGGUGUCGAUGUCAUCCCCACCGGUACCUUCACCCUCUACGACCACAUCCUCGACUUCUCCAACACCUUCAACAUCAUUCCCUCUGCCUACGCCAAGUCCGGUUUGAGCCCCCUCGACACCUUCUUCGCCAUGGCCCGUGGACACCAGAAGGGUGGUGUGGAUCUCCCCGCCAACGAGAUGCGAAAGUGGUUCAACUCAAACUACCACUACCUCGUCCCCGAGCUCCACGAGAGCCUCGAGUUCAAGCUCAACAACACCAAGCCCGUCGAUGACUUCGUCGAGGCCAAGGAGGCCGGCUACAACGCCCGCCCCGUCCUCGUUGGACCCAUCACCCUCCUCUGGCUGGGUAAGGCUUCGCGUGAGGCCAAGAACCCCAACCUGGACACCGUCUCUCUCCUCGAGAAGCUGGCCCCCGUCUACGUCGAGCUCCUCAAGAAGCUCGCCGCCGCCGGUGCCGACUGGGUUCAGAUCGACGAGCCCGUCCUCUGCAUGGACGACGGUGCCAAGUACGCUAGCCAGUUCAAGUCUACUUACGAGCUCUUCGCCAGCCAGGUGCCCGAGAUCAAGACUCUCCUCACCACCUACUUCGGCCGUGUGGAUGACAACGUCAACUUCGUCAAGGACCUGCCCAUUGCUGGUUUCCACGUUGACGUCUACUCUGCCCCCAACGCCCUGAACAACGUCGUCAGCGCCUUUGCCAACAAGGACACUGUCCUCUCCCUCGGUCUCGUCUCCGGCCGAAACAUCUGGAAGAACGACCUGGCCGCCUCUCUCAAGAUCGCCAAGGACGUCGUUGCCCAGCUGGGCAACAAGGCCGAGCGAGUUCAGAUCGCCACCAGCUCCUCUCUCCUCCACACCCCUUACACCAUCAAGAACGAGAAGAAGCUCUCUGCCGAGGUUCUCGACUGGUUCUCCUUUGCCACUGAGAAGUGUGGUGAGGUCGCUACCCUCGCUGCCGCUCUCCGUGACCCCAGCACCGCUGCUGACCGUCUGGAGGUAAACGAGCGCUCGAUCAAGGCCCGACGUGACUUUGAGAAGAACUCCAACUCUGCCGUUCGUGACCGUGUGGCUGCCAUCAAGCCCGAGGACCUCAACCGAAAGUCGCCCUUCGCUGUGCGAAGGGAAGUCCAGAGGAAGCGCCUCAACCUGCCCGCUCUCCCCACCACCACCAUUGGUUCCUUCCCCCAGACCAAGGAGAUCCGAAGCCAGCGUGCUCGCUUCAACAAGGGCGAGAUCGACCAGGCCCAGUACGAGAAGUUCCUCGAGAACGAGAUUGCCGACGUCGUCAAGCGCCAGGAGGCUCUUGGCCUGGAUGUCCUCGUGCACGGUGAGCCCGAGAGGAACGACAUGGUUCAGUACUUCGGCGAGCUCCUCGACGGAUUCGAGUUCACUCAGAACGGUUGGGUCCAGUCCUUCGGUUCCCGAUACGUCCGACCGCCCAUUGUCGUCUCCGACGUUUCUCGACCUCAGCCCAUGACUGUGCGCUGGUCGCAGUACGCUCAGAGCCUCACCAAGAAGGUCAUGAAGGGAAUGCUCACUGGACCCGUGACCAUCCUCAACUGGUCCUUCCCCCGUGACGACAUCUCUCGUGACCUGCAGUCAAAGCAGAUUGCUCUGGCUCUCCGUGACGAGGUGUGCGACCUGGAGAAGGCUGGUAUCGUGUCGGUUCAGAUUGACGAGCCCGCUCUCCGUGAGGGUCUGCCCCUGCGAAAGUCCGACUGGGACUCUUACCUCACCUGGGCCGUCGACUCUUUCCGUCUGUCGGCUGCUGGUGUCUCCGACGAGAUGAACACUGCCUCUCACUUCUGCUACUCCAGCUUCGAGGACUGCAUUGCUGCCGUCUUUGCUCUGGACGCCGACAUGAUCUCCAUUGAGAACUCCAAGUCGGACGAGAAGCUCCUCAAGGUCUUCACCGGUGACAAGAAGGACGAGGGUGUCAACGACAUUGGCCCUGGUGUCUUUGACAUCCACAGCCCCCGUGUUGCCCCUGAGCAGGAGCAGUUCGAGAAGAUCAAGCGAAUUGUAGAGGUCGUCGGCUUCGACAAGGUCUGGAUCAACCCCGACUGUGGUCUCAAGACCAGGACUUGGGAGGAGUGCACUGCUCAGCUCGAGGCCAUGAUGGCCGCUACCCAGCGGGCCCGCAAGGAGCUUGCCUAAAGCGGUCGGUGUCUCGACAGUUCUGUGCGCACUGCUCGUCUUGCCCGCCCCAACCAAAAGCCUGACGACCCUCAACGGGUCAUUGGCGUCCCUACUUUUAACGUUGUCUCUCUCAGCAUUCUCGUCUUAGUUCACGGUGUCCUUGUUCACGAUCCUUACUGUUUCAUACAUCACUGGAGAUGAUUCGCUGAAGCUCAGCGGGCCUUCUUUCAGUCGUCAUUUUGCUUGCUUGGGAAGGGGGUGCUCCCUCCUCACUUUAUAGG